AUGAUUUUGCAUUUCCAGGAGAGAGACCUGUGUAUAAACAACACAGUUCUCUCCCCUGUCAGCUCCUGUACACUGCUUUGUAUGGCUCUGGAUAGUAGAGCCACACAAAGCAGUGUGUGUAAAGCACACACAUAGCACACAGUGAAACAGCACACAGUUAACCCUUUGAUCACCCCAGAUGUCAUCCCCUUCCUGCCCAGUGCCAUUAGGACAGUGUCAGUGCUUUUAAUUAGCACUUAUCACUGUAUUGGUGUCACUGGAGAUGUCAGUGACACCAAGUCAGUUCCCCCAAGUGUCAGAAUACCCGCCGCAGUCCCGC